UACCUCGGCGAAGCCAGCGCGCGUUGAUUAUCGCAAGUUAGCCAGAUACGCGCCAAGAACUGUUCGAAAUGACAAUUGACAUCCUCCCGCGGUCUGACAAGUGACAUUCGAAAAUGAUGUGUGAAAAUGUGCCAAUGCGAAUUUCGAAUUUGGAAUAGUGCGAAAAUUCAAGAUGGACUUGACUACACGGCGAGAAAACGAUGGGGUGAAUGGGACCGAGUGCCGUGAUGGUAAUGGGGAGAUUGGUUCAGAAGUGCCCACUAGGAAAUCCAGCUCGUUUACUAUACGAAAUCUUGUUGGGGGCGACGAUCGGCCUGCCGACGGAGCCGUAAAUGCGAGUGAAGACUACUACGCGCAAGAGUACCAUAGAUACACGAGUAUGGGCAUAUCGGAGGCUAAGGACGACUCGCCACGGACCACUCCGGAGCUUCAUAGAUCGGACCAGUCACCCUCAGACAGACCCCAGGGCUCCGCUGACAGCGAUGACGCGGACGACUUUGCCCCAAAAAGAAAACAACGCAGAUAUAGAACUACCUUCACGAGCUUCCAACUAGAAGAGCUGGAAAAAGCAUUCUCAAGGACGCAUUAUCCUGACGUUUUUACAAGAGAAGAACUCGCUAUGAAGAUCGGACUUACAGAAGCAAGGAUUCAGGUCUGGUUCCAGAAUCGAAGGGCAAAAUGGCGAAAACAAGAGAAAGUUGGGCCUCAAGCGCACCCCUACAACCCUUACUUGGGUGGUAGUGCUCCGCCCCCACCAUCAGUGGUCGCUUCUAUGCCAAACCCUUUCUCCCAAAUCAGCUUUGGCUUUAGAAAACCUUUUGAUGCAAAUGCAUUGGCGUCUUUCCGAUAUUCAAGCGCUCCAGUGAUUGGAUCGCAAUACCUCAACGCGUCUCUUUCCCGCCCGCCCAUGUUCAGCGCCCCCAUGUACACAUCAACGCCUCCCUUCCACUCGCUACUCGCUGGCCUCACAGCCCCGCCACGGCAAUCCCCCGAUCCACCUCCCGUUUCUCCCCCCAUAUCCCCCGGAAGCGAAUCACCCCCCAACCAAGCACCUGAAGUCGAGCGUAGGAGUUCCAGCAUUGCUGCACUUCGGAUGGCGGCAAGAGAACACGAAUUGCGGCUUGAAAUUCUUAGACAAAGACAUCACACAGACAUGAUCAGCUGAACUUUGUGAUAUUUAAAGUGGUUUCGUUAAGCGGUUUGUGCAAUUCUGGACGCCGCGAUGUGUCUAGUUUGAAAACCUAGCAGGAGUCGUCGAAUAACUUUUACGAUUGUCUAAAGCAGUGUUUCACAACGUGGGGCCCUCGCCACAUACGGGGACAAUUCUAUUGCUAAGGAGGGCUAUUCACCAAUUUAUUAAAUUUAUCUGGAAUUUGAAUUUAACUUUUUCUUAUUUUAUUUAUACGUUUUGAAU